GUGGGGUGGGAGCCCUGGCGGUGCCCUUGGCCUCUGUGAUCUUGGAUAAGCAGCUUCAUCUCUCCAAGACGCCGUUUCUUUACAAUGGGAUAACCCUGCCCACCUUGUUGGGUUUCCUGAGCACUCACAGUAAUUUCAGGGAGGGUCAUAUCGGCCUGGCACACAGGGGGUGCAGUCAUGGUGGCCCCCACUCACCUCUGCCCAGGUGCUUUCCCCUGCUCUGCCCAGCCUCCCCCCCUCUCGCUUCCCUGCUUUUUCAAACCCUUUCGUGUCCAGCUCUGAGAACCCAGUGCCCUGAGCCUGGCCGCAGCAGAUGACCCCUCACGGCCCUGCUGUGUGCACAUGCUCCCCCUCCCAGGCCCCUCGCCCAGGGGUCAUCGGCGCCCCCCAUCUGUGCAGCUCUGGUGGGUAAGGGAAGCCCUGCUCCCCCACCUGGGCAGCUCUGCCCUGUACCGCUCCAGCCUGGGCAGUUCUGGUUGGUUUGUCAAGGACAUUCCUAAUGGCUACAGUAAACCCCGGGCAGGCGGGGGGUUGUUGAUUGGUGGAGCACACACCUGUCCAGGUGCACCGGAGCUGGAGGCCAAGGAGGCUCUGUUAGAGGAGGGCCGGCCCCAGACACAGCAGGGCGGACUGACAGGGACCUGAUGGAGGAGCUGGUGGGCCUGCGUGAGGGCUCCUCGGGGGACCCUGUGACUCUGCAGGAGCUGUGGGGCCCGUGUCCCCGCAUCCGCCGAGGCAUCCGAGAUGGCCUGGAGUGGCUGAAGCAGAAGCUGUUCCGCGUCGGUGAGGACUGGUACUUCCUCAUGACCCUGGGGGUGCUCAUGGCCCUGAUCAGCUAUGCCAUGAACUUCGCCAUCGGGCGUGUGGUCCGAGCGCAUAAGUGGCUGUACCGGGAGAUUGGGGACAGCCACCUGCUCCGGUAUCUCUCCUGGACCGUGUACCCUGUGGCCCUCGUCUCCUUCUCCUCGGGCUUCUCCCAGAGCAUCACACCCUUCUCUGGAGGUUCCGGAAUCCCAGAGCUGAAGACCAUCUUGUCGGGGGUGGUCCUGGAAGACUACCUGGAUAUCAAGAACUUCGGGGCCAAGGUGGUGGGCCUCUCCUGCACCCUGGCCGCCGGCAGCACCAUCUUCCUGGGCAAAGUGGGCCCCUUCGUGCACCUGUCUGUGAUGAUUGCUGCCUACCUGGGCCGUGUGCGCACCAAGACCAUCGGGGAGCCUGGGAACAAGAGCAAGCAAAAUGAAAUGCUGGUGGCAGGGGCGGCGGUGGGCGUGGCCACAGUCUUCGCAGCACCCUUCAGCGGCGUCCUGUUCAGCAUCGAGGUCAUGUCUUCCCACUUCUCUGUCUGGGAUUACUGGAGGGGCUUCUUCGCUGCCACCUGUGGGGCCUUCACAUUCCGGCUGCUGUCGGUCUUCAACAGCGAGGAAGAGACCAUCACCUGCCUCUUCAAGACCAGUUUCCCAGUGGACAUCCCCUACGACCUGCCAGAGAUCUUCUUUUUUGUGGCACUGGGGGCCAUCUGUGGUGUCCUGAGCUGCGCUUACCUCUUCUGCCAGCGAACCUUCCUCGGCUUCACCAAGACCAACUGGUUCUUCUCCAAACUGCUGGCCACCAGCAAGCCUCUGUACUCCGCCCUGGCGGCCUUGGUUCUCGCCUCCAUCACCUACCCGCCCGGCGUCGGCCGCUUCAUAGCUUCUCGGCUGUCCAUGGGUGAGCAUCUGGACUCGCUGUUCGACAACAACUCCUGGGCACUGAUGACCAGGAACUCGUCCCCACCCUGGCCCAAGGAGCCCGACCCCCAGAACCUGUGGCUCGAAUGGUACCACCCGCGGUUCACCAUCUUUGGGACCCUCGCCUUCUUCCUGGUUAUGAAGUUCUGGAUGCUGAUUUUGGCCACCACGAUCCCCAUACCCGCCGGGUACUUCAUGCCCAUAUUCGUCUUUGGAGCUGCCACUGGGCGCCUCUUGGGGGAGGCCCUCUCUGUCACCUUCCCCGAGGGCAUCGUGGCUGGAGGGGUCACCAAUCCUAUCGUGCCUGGGGCGUACGCCCUGGCAGGGGCUGCGGCCUUCUCGGGGGCGGUGACCCACACCAUCUCCACGGCACUGCUUGCCUUUGAGCUGACUGGCCAGAUUGUGCACGCACUGCCUGUGCUGAUGGCGGUGCUGGCAGCCAACGCCAUCGCCCAGAGCUGCCAGCCCUCCUUCUACGAUGGCACCAUCAUCGUUAAGAAGCUGCCGUACCUGCCGUGGAUCCGCGGCCGCAAGAUCGGCUCCCACCGCGUGACUGUGGAGCAUUUCAUGAACCGCACCAUCACCACGCUGGCCAAGGACACGCCGCUGGAGGAGGUGGUCAAGGUCGUGGCCUCGACAGACGUGGCUGAGUACCCCCUGGUGGAGAGCACAGAGUCUCAGAUCCUGGUGGGCAUCGUGGCAAGGGCCCAGCUGGUGCAGGCUCUCCAGGCUGAGUCCCCUUCCUGGGCUCCAGGACACCAGCGGUGUCUCCAGGACAUCUUGGCUGGGGGCUGCCCCACAGCGCCAGUGACCCUGCAGCUGUCGCCAGAGACCUCCCUGCACCAGGCGCACCACCUCUUCGAGCUGUUGAACCUUCAGCUGCUCUUCGUGACAUCGCGGGGCCGAGCUGUGGGCUCCGUGUCCUGGGCCGAGAUGAAGAAGGCAAUUUCCAACCUGACAAAUCCACCAGCCCCAAAGUGAGCCAGUCUACCAAGACGAAACAGGCAUGGCAGCUGCCCUGUGACCGAGGCUGGGCAGAGACCCGGCCUCUCCUCCCCCAUCACAACACACCCUCCCCGCCAGCCCCGCUCCACUCCUUGGCAGAGCAGGCAGCUCCAACCUAGCCCUGAGCAGGGACCUGUGUUCACUCUGCCCCUUCCUGGGUGGGACAACGGCUACUGCCUUGAAGAACAAAUCUCACCUUGGACAGAGCUCAGAGCGUGAGAUGGCAAAAAAAAAAAAAAAAAAAAAAAGCACAGCACAAGGCAGAUGCUCAGUGAAUGUUCAUCCAACUCGUGAAUGAAGAGAUUGGAGUACAGUGUCACCAAGGGCAGGCACAGCUGGGGGUUGUCUGUUUCCCAGCCAGAGGCUCCAGAGAAAAAUAAAGCUGGUCCCCUCAUCUUA